GCUUUGCUGCCCUACGAAAGUUUUUGGUCUGGAGGAUCAGAAGCUGGAAAUCAUUUGUAGCUGCCGCAAGAGAUAUGAAACGACUUGAAGAUAUCACGUUUUCUAUAGAGAAGAAUGAGCUGAGAACGAAAGAGGUCACCUCGGGAUCUUUUUUGAUACCAAGGCUACGAGCCUUGAAUGUGACGAUCUACGGUUGUCGAAAACCUCCUUUCCUCGACACGAUUUACUAUGUCUAUGAGGCGUUGGCCGUCUCGUCUAAGUCACUAGAUACAUUGAGGAUUAAGAUAGAAUACUCGGACAGGAUUCACCAGUAUGAAGGUGGAAAGUUGGUCCGAAAAAUAGCUCGUGAUCAUGGGCCUACGAUACGCUCCUUACUCAUAGAUGAUAUG